UCAAAAUUGUUUUGUGUGUAUGUUUACUAUAGGUCGUUAGAUAACUUUUUACGGUUUUUAAUUUAUAUAGUAAAUUUCUUUCUUUGCCAUAAUGAUCAAAUGUUUAUUAAUUUUAUUAAUCGUUUUAAGUAUUGUGACUUCUACUUUCAGCAUAAAAUGUUGGGAUUGCCGGUCUAAUAAUGAUCCGAAAUGUGCGGAUCCUUUUGACAACAGUACAGUUCCUAUCACCGAUUGCAAGCAGGAAAAGGGCCUUAUCCAUUUGCCGGGGGUAACGCCUCAAAUGUGCCGGAAAAUUAGACAAAAAGUAAAUGGUGUAUGGCGUUACUUCAGAGGAUGUGCAUAUCUAGGUGAAGUGGGUUUACAAGGAGAUGAGAGAUUUUGCCUUAUGCGAACUGGUACAUAUAACAUAUUUAUAGAGUACUGCACAUGCAACAGUAAGGAUGGAUGCAAUUCUUCAUCAUUAUUCAGCCCUAUUCCUCUAUUAUUACUAGUGACUGCUACAUUUACAGUAAUAUUUAAGUUCUUUAGUUUCUAAGCAUAAACCUGAUGGAAUCAAUUGAAUGAUAUUAUAUUAUGUCGAGUACAAACAAAAAUUGAAACUUAGAAUCAUGUUUCCAAAAAAUAAAACCCAGUUAAUAAGACAGUUUCACUUGUAAGAAAAUGAUCUAGUUUUUUAAGUAACCAAGUGUGUCAUUUAAAAAAGAUUUGAAUCUCAAAUAUAUAAUACUAUAUUUUCACCUUUGAUAUGUAUGCAGGAAUAACAGCAUUAGUUUAUGGAAACUACAAUGAAUAGCUAUGAAUAUCUAUUAUUGUUAUACUCAAAUUGAUAUUUUCUAAAAUAAUACUCAAUCUGAGCAAAGAUCUGAGUGAGAAUUAUCUUUCUUUGAAGUAAAUGAAAAAAAAAUAGACCUUUUUGAGUGGAGUUCAUUUGAUGUAAAUACCAUAUGACUGUAUAUCGACAGAUUAUGAUUGUAGAGGGUGUAUGUUGGUCUUUGCAUUUAUAAAACUUCAGUACUGAUAUCUAAGAUAAUAAAAGGGUUAAGAAUCAUGUGUGAAAUGUGAAUAUCAUGUAAAAAUUCAGAGACAAUUUUUUUUAAUGUAUACAGAUUUAUAGUUUCUUACAAUUGUUAAAUUACAAGGAAUUUAUAUUUAGAACGGAGAUUUAUCCUAUUCACUGAUGUAGUGACGCAUUCAGAAAUAGUGGGUAACGCAGGCGAAACUGCAAACACAGUUAAACAAAAAUAUUACGUCAUUUACCAUUAAAUAUAUAUAUAUAUCUACUAUUUUAUAAGUAGGUAUAUCGUUAUAUACUUGUGAAACUGUAUCAAAAAGGAAAAAGUGGAAAUAAUAAAAAUAAUUUUGAAACUUCGUAUUAAAUUGAUCAAGUUAUCACGAAAUUUCUAUGAAGGUUUAAAAAUUGUUUUUUAUACCUUAAAAAUUAUUCUAUAAUAUUUCUUGUCCUGGUAUAGCCUUUACAAUUAAUAUCCUAUGUAUAAUUAUAAUAAUUCUUUUUAAUAAUAUAUUACUUAUU